AUGCAGUCGUUCCUAGAACAACGCCGAAUCUACAAACAGCUCGAGAAACAGAUCGUGAUCAAGCACGACCAACCUGAAGAUGUUCGUACACACGAACGUCGCUACUGGUACCAAGCCCUUGAGCCCCGACAUACGACCCGAGAACACCUGGAGCGCGAAGGAGAUGUCGAGCGCGCGGAUUAUGAUCCGAGUGUUCAGACGGAUCCCUAUACGAUCAAUACGCGCGAUACUCUGGGUGGGAAUACGGAUAUGAUGGUUACGGGUAUUGAGAGGGAGAGGCCGAGUCGAACAUCUUCGACUGAUGGGGAGUCGGAGAUGGAAAAGAAGAAAAUCAUUCUCGUCACUGCCCUCACGUCUACGAGGAAACUCUUCAAUACCAGUUUCGAGCUUGAGACUGUGCCUACCUCUGUUUUCCUUAUUGGUCUAGGCAUGGGGAGUAUGUUGACGGCCCCUCUUUCUGAGCUAGCAGGACGCAGCCCAUUAUACGUUAUUUGCUUACCAUGUUUCAUGCUUUUCGAUAUGGAGGCUGGCCUAUCCCAAAACGUCGGCCAGCGCAUCGUUUGUCGGGGUCUCGCUGGACUAUUCGGAUCUGCACCACUUGUCUGUGCGGCAGCCGCUCUGGUCGAUCUGUGGUCUAUCAUUGAGAGGGUCUACGCUUUUCCAUAUUUCGUUAUUAUAACCUUCCUCGGCCCUACUUUUGGUCCGCUGCCGGGUGGUUAUAUCAAUCAAACUCUCUUCCUCUCUUGGCAGUGGGUUGACUGGGUCACGGUGAUUGUUUGUGGCUUUCUACUUCUCCUGGUUGUCCUGUUCCUACAGGAAACCUACAGCCCCAUCCGUCUCAAUUGGAAAGCAAAACAGCUACGACGCCUCACAGGGGAUGACCGUUACCGAGCCCCGAUGGAAUUCAACCGGGUUUACUUCCCACGACGAAUCGCUUUGGCUCUUGGUCGUCCAUUCGUGUUCUACGUCGGGGAACUGAUCAUUACUAUCUUCAGUUGCUACCUGGGUGUCAUUUUCGUCAUUCUCUACACCUUUUCUGCGGGCUAUGUCUCAAUCUUCGAAAAAGUAUACCACAUUGAUCAGGGAAGGACCGGCCUCUGCUUUUUAGGAAUCCUCGUCGGCGUGCUUGCAUCCGCCUUACCCGUUCCGCUAAGCAUGAAAUAUACGCGAAGAGAUAUCUACCACGCCCGAGACCGAGGUCUCGCACGCCCAGAACCAGAGUCAAAUCUUUACAUGGCCAUGUUCGGAGCACCGGCCAUAUCAAUCGGUCUAUUCUGGAUGGGAUGGACGGCGUAUCCGCAUAUUUCGAUGUGGUCCCUGAUUAUUUCUUCAGUGGUCUUUGGGUUUGGCGUUGUUUGUGUUUUUGUCUCGGCGUACCAGUACGUCGCGGCCGCCUAUGAAUAUCACCCUGGAAGUGCCCUGGCGUCUCUUCAGAUGUUUCGUCUUACCGCUGCCGGGGUGAUGGCUGUUAUUGCGGAUCUCAUGUAUAAUAAACUUGGCCCGCACUGGACUUUGACUGUUUUGGGGGGUAUUGCGACUGUCUUUUUGCCUGUGCCGUAUUUGCUUUAUAUUUGGGGCCGUAAGGUGCGGACGUGGAGUCGGUAUGCUCCUACUGGGGAGACGUGA